AUGGCAAAGGCCUCAAAGGGCGGAUUCUACGCCGUCCGCGCAGGUCACAAGCCGGGCGUCUACGCCUCCUGGGACGAGUGCAGUGCCCAGGUCAAAGGCUUCCCGGCUGCGCGUCACAAGAAGUUCCCGACGAGGGCAGAAGCGGAGGCGUUCGUGCGAGGCGACGACCGGCCAACCAGUGCGGCAGGACCGCCGAAGGUCGGCACGUCGAAUGCUCUACAGAACAAGCGGGCUGGCGGGGCAGAUGGCGCAGGAGUGCCUCCGGCCAAGCGCCAGAAGCGAGCGGUUGUCGGCGAGGAGAGUGUUCAAGUUGACAAGGCUGUACCGAACGUCUUUGCCGGCUCCUCACCAAAGCGAAGGGUCUACUGCGACGGCAGUUCGCGGGGGAACGGCAAGGUGGGCGCUACAGCCGGGAUUGGGGUCUUUUGGGGUCACGACGAGGGCGCAAAAAACCUGUCGGAGCGGCUGCCGGGCAAGCUGCAGACCAACAACCGCGCCGAGAUGUAUGCCAUUGCACGGAUACUGGAGACGGACCCACAUCCAGAUGAACCGCUCACAAUCUGCAGUGACUCGGAGUAUACCAUCAGCGUCUUCUCGAAAUGGAUUCCAAACUGGAAGCGGCGAGGCUGGAAGACUGCAGACGGCAAGACCGUCGCGAACCAGGACAUGAUCCGCUACGUCUUGUCGCUCCUCGCCCUUCGCGCCGCCUCGUCCAGCAGCAAGUCUCCUCUCGCCAACAUCACCUUCCAGAAAGUCAAGGCGCACGUCGGGAUUGAGGGCAACGAGCAAGCCGACCGAUUCGCCAACAACGGCGCGAUGAUGCCCGAGGUGCCGGACCGCGAUUUUACCGCAGCGACGAAGGAGAAUGAGAAGAAGCUCAAGGCAAAGGGCGCGCCGGUGCGGGUUGAGGACGUCAAGUGGGAGAUUGAGGUUGAGGAGGGUGACUUGCUGGAUGAGAAGAGACCCAAGUCAAGUGAGCGGGUCGUCGAGUCGCCGUACUUCGCUUCACAUCGAGGUGUCGGAAGAGCUGCUGGAUGA